AAAGCAACUAAACUGAAUGAAAUUGAUCGAGACAGUCGCAAUGGCGUCCUUCGCUUCUGUGGUCGCUAUCGACGGGCCAGCAAGAGGCGCGAUCCCGUCGCCGUCGUCGCGCUCUCUGAGAUCUGGCCUCUCCUUUUGCCCCCGCGUCGUCUCACUCCCCGCCGCGAGGGGCGUCGGCCGCGGCAGAAACGCCGCCGCGCUCGCGGCGAGGGCGAUGGCGCCGGCGAAGUACGAGGGCACGCGCGCGAGGGAGAGGCGCCUGGCGGAGAUGAUAGAGGAGAAGGUGAGGGAGGCGAGGGAGGUCUGCGAAGGGGACGCGAGGUCCGACGGGUGCAAGGUGGCGUGGGACGAGGUGGAGGAGGUGAGCCGGGCGAAGGCCGAUCUCAGGCUCAGGCUGGAGAAGCAGGACCCUCUCGAGCCCUUCUGCGAGCAGAAUCCCGAGACGGACGAGUGCCGCGUCCACGAAGAUUGAAGAAUCGAAGAUCGAAGCGUCUCGGCUUCGAAGAUCGCUUCCCUGGGAAUAAGCUCCGAAUGCUUGUGUUGUACAGGUGGUUGUUCAUGUAUCUGAGAACAUUGCCUAAUGAAAAAAUAGCAACUUUCCGAA